AUGUCAACAACAACUACACAAACUACAGAAUCAGUUCCUUCAACUCUGAAAGUGGAAAGUAAACACCAUGAAGGUUUUGAACAAGUUGCUGAAGGUGUUUCAAACAUAACAUUUGGUGGUGAUGAUUUAGCAUAUCCAUAUAGAAAACCAGAAUUUAAAGAUAAAUAUGAAGAACGUAAAUGGGUUUUGGAACAUACCGCUGCUGCUUUUAGAUAUUUAGCAAGAUUUAAUUAUCAAGAAGGUGCUUCAGGUCAUAUUUCUGUUAGAGAUCCAGUUGAUCCACAUACUUUUUGGAUUAAUCCAUUAGGUAGACAUUUUGGUUUAAUGAGAGCUAAAGAUUUAGUUCAUAUUAAUGAAAAAGGUGAAGUUAUUGGUGGUAAUAAACAUGUUGUUAAUGCAGCGGGUUUCCAAAUCCAUUCAGAAAUUCAUCAAGCAAGACCAGAUGUUAAUGCUGCUGUUCAUAGUCAUUCUAUUUAUGGUAAAGCUUAUAGUGCAUUUGGUAAACCAUUAGAAAUGUUGAAUCAAGAUUCUACAUUAUUUUAUAAAUCACAUACUGUUUAUAAUACAUUUGGUGGUGUUGUUUUUGAAAAUGAAGAAGGUAAAAGAUUGGCUAAAGCUUUGGGAGAUAAUAGAUGUAUUAUUUUACAAAAUCAUGGGUUAUUAACAACAGGUUCCACUGUGGAUGAAGCUGCUUAUUUAUUUGGUUUAAUGGAAAGAACUUGUCAAGUUCAAAUGAUUGCUGAUCAACAUCCAGAAACUAAAAUCUUGAUUGAUGAAGAAGAAGCUACUUAUACUGCACAUAUGAUUGCUGAUCCAGAAUCUGUUCAUGCUGAAUUUGCACCAGAAUAUGAAUGGGAAUUAGAAACCAGUAAUGGAGCAUUUUUAUUUAAAGAUGAAUCAUACAAAACUGACGCAUUUUGGUAA